AUGUUCGCCAGGUUAUCAAUACCAAACCCCCGCUGCCUCUCGCAGCGAGCAAUAGCAGGAGGCGUACGAUGCUUCUCACUAUCCGCCACACGCAGGUCCAAUGCCAAUAACCAAGGUCCUCUAGCUGGAAUCACAGUCGUCAGUUUAGAACAAGCGAUCGCAGCCCCAUUUUGCACAAGGCAACUGGCAGACAUGGGAGCGCGGGUGAUCAAAGUGGAACGACCGGGAGUUGGCGACUUUGCCCGGAACUACGACACACGGGUGAACGGGCUAGCAUCGCAUUUCGUCUGGACGAAUCGGUCGAAAGAGAGUCUUGCGCUGGACGUGAAGAAGCCCAAGGACCACGAGGUCUUGAUGCGCCUGCUCGGCAAGGCAGAUGUGCUUGUGCAGAACCUCGCACCGGGUGCGAGUGCCCGGCUGGGCCUUUCAUUUCAGGCCUUGAAGGAAACCCACCCAUCACUGAUCGUCUGUGACAUCUCCGGCUAUGGACAGGAUGGUCCGUACCGAGACAAGAAGGCGUAUGACCUCCUUGUCCAAAGCGAAGCCGGCAUGCUCUCUGUUACCGGCACAGGCAAAGAGCCAGCGAAAGUCGGGAUAUCCAUUGCGGACAUUGCAUCUGGCAUGUACGCCUACAGCAACAUUAUAGCGGCUAUCCUGCAGCGCUCGAAAAGCGGACGUGGGAGCCAUAUCGACAUCUCAAUGCUGGAGAGCAUGGUCGAGUGGAUGGGAUUCCCGAUGUACUACGCUUUCAACGGCGCCCCAGGCCCUGUGCCCGCCGGUGCGUCCCACGCCUCGAUCUACCCAUACGGUCCCUUCGAGACGGGCGACGGAUCGGUGAUGCUAGGCAUUCAGAAUGAGCGUGAAUGGGCCAACUUCUGCACUAUUGUUCUCUCGCAGCCUGAGCUUGCUACAGACGCGCGCUUCUGCAACAACUCGCUGCGUGACAAGAACCGCGACGCGCUGAAGGAUAUCAUCUGCAAGUCCUUUGCCGAUAUUACGUCGGAGGAAGCCACUCGCCGGCUCGAUAAGGCUUCUAUCGCGAACGCCAACGUGAAUGAUAUGCAGGGAGUUUGGGACCAUGCACAGCUCCGCGCACGAGGCCGGUGGACAGAGGUGCAGACGCCUGAAGGUAUUGUACCGGCUCUUCUUCCCCCUGGGUUCAGUCCCGAGCAAGAAGGGUUCCGUGCGCGAAUGGAUGCAGUGCCGAAAGUGGGUGAGCAUAACGAGUCGAUUUUGGCGGAGUUGGGCAUUUCAAAGUAG